ACAAGCUCUGCAGAUGAUCCCAGCUUUGAACCGAAAAUCAUCAUGUCAUUGAUCAAAUUAUCAACGUUUGACUUCAUCGCCGAAAACAUCUCAGAUAUUACAAUUACCGACCUAAAUUUUUGAUUUUUAUACCCAAGGAACAAGAAUAUAUUGAAUUAAAACAAAAGCAAAGAUGCCACCAAAACCCACUAACUGGCGCAUGUAUGGCAAGAUGGCUGUUGCAGGCUUGACAUGUUGUGUCGGCGGUCCAGCUCUGAUCUACUACGUUUCUCCAACCGAAGAAGAACUCUUCCUGAAAUAUAAUCCAGAAUUACAGAAGCGCAGUUUGGAGAAUCGAGUAGGGAAACAAGAGGAUUUCGAUAACUUCGUGGCAAGAUUGAAGGAAUAUAGUAAGAGUGAUAAACCGAUCUGGGUCGAAGCCGAAGAAGCCGCACGCAAGAAGCGUAGUGGUAAGAUAGAAGAACAAGCCAAAUUGAUGCGAGAGAUGCAAGAGAGGAAAGAAGAAAUCAAAAAGAGUGGAACAAAAUUGAUGCCUGGUGGAAGUCUUUAAUUGCAAUUAAAAUGGCAAAGGAAUGAAAUUUGUACAACUGUGGACAUGGCGUUUGGUUAAGUCAUUAUCUUUGAUAAUGAAAAUUCUAAGAUUGGCGUAGAAGGGAGGAAUGAAAAUCUCAAUGGGUGGGUUUUUGAAGCUGUAUAGUUGUAUAGCUGCUAUGUAGAGUAUGAUAUGAUAUGAUAUUGAUAUUGAUAUUACGUUCACUUGGAA